GCUCUUUGCCAUCGGGUCGCAGCUGUCCCCUGAGGUUGGGAGCUCCGGGAUCGAGAUGCUGGAGACCGACACCUUCAAGCUGCACUGCUUCCAGACGCUGACAGGGAUCAAAUUCGUGGUUCUUGCUGACCCCAGGCAGGCAGGGAUAGACUCCCUUCUCCGCAAGAUUUAUGAGAUUUACUCCGACUUUGCUCUGAAGAAUCCGUUCUACUCCCUGGAGAUGCCAAUCCGGUGUGAGCUGUUUGAUCAGAACUUGAAACUGGCUCUGGAGGCGGCAGAGAAAGCCGGACCCUUCGGACCUGGAUCGUAG